GCGCGUUGUACAUUGGAAAUCCUAUUACCCUGAUGGCUCCUGCGAAUAGUUUCACCGAAACGCAGCUUUUGCCGUCUCAACAGAUGGAAAGAUGGAAUAAUAUCGCAGAGAAUUGGAUCUAUCGCGAACAACGCUCGGCGCACGAGAAUCCUUUGUGCACACACGGAACACUCUAUUUCUUCGUUCGCACACGCCCGUUCCGGGUCACUUGGUAAACGAAACGAAUUGGAAGGAGGCGUUGUCUGGUAAUCCGAUUAACUCGACACCUUCGGUUAUAUACGGGAUGUCCCUGAAGUGUGUAUUGGGUGUUCGAGCCGAAAGCGACGAAUUAUUGUAUACGGUUUGGUCGCUCGUUAUGGUCCGCGAAUCAGUUGCCAGCGCAAAGGGUUAAAUCACAGUGAAUGUCACACGUGGGCUCAAGUUUUG